UUUAAGCAACAGAUAUUGCAAUGAAACGGAUACUGUAUGUACACAUACAUCAUACAUAAAAUGAUUACCCUACUGCCGGCAGAGCAAAAACAUAGAUAACAAAAACACAUCUGAAUAAACGAAAGAGCAGAGACAGCGCUCGUAUCUAACUCGCAAAGUAUGGUCAAAACGCUUCACCUUGUGAAGUGUUUACGUGGAAAAGAUUAGCUCGAGGAGGCACUCGGACGGAGGAAGUCCCUGCGCAAGCGUACAUGAUAAAAGGGUCCCUUCGCGGCUGAGUGGCAUCACUGCGUCAGUACAUCAUGAGAGCGGCGACACUGUGCGCGGUGUGGGCGGUGUGGGCGGCGUGCGCGGCGUGCGCGGCGCUGGCGACGGGACAAGAGGCGGUGCGUGUCGAGCUGCACUCGGGCGCGCCGCCACCUGACACGCUGAGCGAGGUCGCGCGGGCUACGGCCGGCGAGAGCGGCGGUCCGACCCGCUACCACGAGCGCGUGGGCGAGCCGCUGGCCGAGGCGCUGCGCCGCACGGAAGCCGCGGCCGGAGGAGAGGCGGGCGGCAGGGCUUCCCGUAUCACGGGCGGACUGGCAUCGUACCUCGGCGAGCAUCCGUUCUUUGCGGGGCUGGUGAUCACACUGAACACGGGGCGCACGUCGGUGUGCGGCGCGGCGCUGGUGAGCAGCUACCGGCUGGUGACGGCGGCGCAGUGCUGGUGGGACGGGCGCGCGCAGGCGUACAGCGUGCUGGCCGUGCUGGGCUCGGUGCGGCUCUUUUCCGGCGGCACGCGCGUCUCCGCCAGCGCGGUCAUCGCGCACGCCGGCUACGACCCCGCCACGCUCCACAACGACAUCGCAGUGCUCGUCGUUCCUUACAUCUCCACCACCAGCUACAUCAGGCCGAUCGCGCUGCCGGAGGGUUCCGAGCUGGGGUCGACAUUCACGGGCCUGCGCGCCACCGCCAUCGGGUACGGCAAGACCAGCGAAUGGGCUGAGAUCACGUCGAGCGCGGGUCUGCGGGACGCGGGUGUGACGGUGAUCAGCAACGCGGAGUGCGAGGCGGUGUUCGGGGCGGGGGCGGCGGGCGGCGGCGUGGUGUGCACGAGCGGAGCGGGCGCGCGCGGUCCGUGCGGCGGCGACGGCGGCGGCCCGCUGGUGCUUCACUACGCCGGCCGCAGGAUACUGAUCGGCGUGACGUCGUUCCUGGCGGCGGCGGGGUGCGACCGCGGCCUGCCCGCGGGCUACACGCGUGUGACGACGUACGCGGGCUGGGUGCGCGCACAGCUGUGACCUGCACCUCCGACAUCUACUUUACGUUUAUGUAACAAUGAAAGUAUAGCAACCGAUGCAACACAUGUA